AUUCCUAAACCCACACAUCAUACACAUCACGUGUCAGAUGUGCAUGCACAUUACAUAUAUCACAGACAUAUAUACACUGUGCACAUCACACGUGCCAUUUGUACUUAUAUGCACACAUGCAUGCACACCUCACUCUACACACAUGCCUGCCAUGCACACAUGUAUAUAGGAACACCAAAAUGAGUGAAGAGAUUUUAAAGGAGGCUUGUGCAGUCAGGGUAUGAUAGGCUUGGGCAUGACUACCCUCUGUGUUACAGUCAACUGCGGUCUGGUCUUUUAGCUACUUUCACAACUGGGCCAGUGCCUGUGUAGAAGGAACACCAAGGCCACAUCUCAGGGAAGUGAACUGAGGACUCAGAAGAGGCACAGGCCCUGGAGUAUGGAAAGGCAGAGCAUGGUAUGCAGAUGUAAAUGCUGUAAGGCACUCUGGCUUGUCCACUCCAAUAGGCACGAUAGUAAGCACGAGGCCAGUAGAUGUCGUAUCCGUGGGAAGAACCCUCUGGAUGCCAUGUUAGCAACUUAGGGUGUUUCUUGUUUUCAGUCCAUGCUGUGGACAAGGAAUCAGGAGGUGUGGGGUAGAGUGGAGACUUGAGCACCUACCCUCUAUGUUGUGAACCUAGUGGAUGUUUUUCUGCCCUUCUAGACCUGUAAGUGGCCUGUGCCAGCACAGCAGAAUGGGGACAUUCCCAGUUCCAUAGGAUACUGCAGGCUUGGGGACUGGGUACUUAGGCUUUUGGCUGUGCACCACACCACCUUCCUGACCAAUGGUACAUUAAGUCAACCAGUGCUUGCAGAAUGCUUGAGACAACACAAAUGUCUCCUUUCUAACUGGAAACAACAUAUAAAGGUCUAAUACAAGUCAGUAAUGUGUCUCUGAUUGUCCUGUGGCACUGGGUGAAUUAAGGACAUGAUGGAGAGCAUGCCAAAGAGUCUAACUCGUUCUGUUCCAUCUUCCUUCUGAAUGCAGGUCUCCAGGAUCCAGUGCUCACACGGACUCAGGGCUGCUGCUCAGGGAACCAGCAAACCCUGUUGCUCUGACCAUGCCACCGUGAAGGGCGGUCUCUUUCUGUUCCAGUCUCUGCGGUGCCACUGUGUAUUAGAAAGGACAUCUUUCAAAGGAGGGGUUGGUGAAGGGCAAUUUACCUUCUCUUUCAGAGAUACAACUGUCUGAGGAGAGGCUAGGAGGUGUUGCAGAACCAAAAUAUAGAGCUAGAGGGAUCAUAAAAUCGAGGUUGGGAGGAAGGUUAGCUCAAGGCUGCAUGUCCCUGAACACCUUGGUGGGGGUGAAGGGUGACUUAAUAGUCACUAGUAGCCCAGUGCCUGUCAGUACUCUACAUGACCUUGUUGCCCUUGCUUCUUCUGGUGCUCAACAGCACCACUCAGAUGCAAACAGCAAGGCCUAGAUAGUGUCCACAUCUCCCAUGGCUUGACACUGUGCUGGGUUUGAUACUACAAACUGGGAGGCUGGGACUUGAACUUGAGAUCACUGACUCAGGCUAGGGAGGACUCCAGGGCACCUGAGCUCAGCUGCAAAGGCAGAAACUGAACCACAGUGAGCAGAAGGGGCACAUUUUGCUGUUUCUUUCCUUUUCUGCUCUCAGGCCUUUCAAUGAACACUACAGAUGAGGAUCUUUCCUCCCAGGCUUAGUGUCUGCAGCCAUGAGGGUCCUUGGGUGUUUGGGUUUGGGUUUUGGUUUGGGUUUGGGUUUUUUUUCUUUGUUUAUUUUCCUAAGGAUAGGUUUUUCUGCUUAGCCCUGAGUACCCUGGAACUUUCUCUAUAGACCAGGCAGGCCUCAAACUCAGAGAUCUUCCUGCCUCUGCCUCCUGAGUGCUGGGAGGAAAGGUAUGGACCAUCACGACCCAGGGAUUAUCUGAGUUUUAACCUUUUAUGCUUCUGAUUUUAUUUUUUGGUUUUCUUUGCUUGGAUUGUUUUUGGCUUUCAGAGUUGUUGAGGUUGUUAUUUUUUAAUUCUCUUUUGUUUUUCUUAUGUUUACAAUUUGGAGAAUUUUGUGCUAAUGUUGGUUUCAAUCUUGUAUCUGUUGAGACCUGUUUUGUGACUAAUUAUAUGGUCAGUUUGGGGGAAGGUAUCUUGAGGUACUGAGAAGAAGGUAUAUUCUUUUGUUUUACGAUGAAAUAUUCUAUAAAUAUCUGUUAAAUCCAUUUGGUUCCUAAACUUCUGUCAGAUUAGCUAUGUCUCUGUUUAGUUUCUGUUUCCAUGAUCUGUCCAUUGAUGAGAGUGGGGUGUUGAAGUCUCCCAUGAUUAUUGUGUGAGGUGCAAUGUGUGCUUUGAGCUUGACUAAGUAUACUUUUAUGAAUAUAGGUGCCCUUGCAUUUGAAGCAGAGAUAUUCAGGAUUGAGAGUUCAUCUUGGUGGAUUUUUCCAUUGAUGAAUAUGAAAGUUUUUUGAUAACUUUUGGUUGAAAGUCAAUUUUGUUAGACGUUAGAAUGGCGACUCCAGCUUGUUCCUUGGGACCAUGUACUUGGAAAAUUGUUUUCCAGACUUUUACUCUGAGGUAGAGGCUGUCUUUGACACUGAGGUAUGUUUCCUCUAUGCAGCAAAAUUCUGGGUCGUCUUUUACAUGUCCAGACUGUUGGACUAUGUCUUUUUAUUGGGGAAUUGAGUCCAUUGCUAGUACGAGAUAUUAAGGAAUAGUGAUUGCUGUCCCCUGUUGUUUUCGUUGCUAGAGGUGGAAUUAUGUUUGUGUGGCUCUCUUUUGUGUGUGUUGCAAGGGGAUUACGUUCUUCCUUUUUCUAAGGGGUAGUUUCGCUCCUUGUGUUGGAGUUUUCCAUCUGUUAUCCUUUUUAGGGAUGGAUUUGUGGAAAGAUAUUGUGUAAAUUUGGUUUUGCCAUGUAAUAUCUUCUUUUAUCCAGCUAUGCUGGUUGAGAAUUUUGCUGGAUACAGUAACCUGGUCUGGCAUUUGUGUUCUCUUAGGGUCUGUUUGACAUCUGCCCAGGAUCUUCUGGCUUUCAAGGUCUCUGGUGAGGAGUCUGCAGCAAUUCUGAUAGGUCUGCCUUUAUAUGUUACGUGACCUUUUACCCUUACUGCUUUUAAUAUUCUGUCUUUGUUUUGUGCAUUUGGUGUUUCUUUUGUGGUCCAAUCUAUUUGGAGUUCUCUAGGCUUCCUGGAUGUUUAUGGGCAUCUUUUAUUUUAGGUUAGGGAUGUUACCUUCAAUAAUUUUUUGAAGAUAUUUACUGGCCCUUUAAGUUGGGAAUCUUUCUCUCUUCCAUCCCUAUUAUCCUUAGGUUGCUGCAAUUUUCAAUUGCCAUCUGGUUGUCUCUGGUGUUAUCUGGUCUUGCUGACGAUAACAGUGGCUUGACCCUCCUGUAAGCAACUGUAUCAGCAAUCCUGGAGACCGGCUUUCACAUGGUCAUUUCUGGGUACAGAGAGCUUUGGGACUGGCUCAGCUCUGGUUGGAGGCAGGAACUGAAAGGGUUCUAUCCCAGACUGCUCCUGGGUUGGUGUGUCCUGAGGGCUUCAGGCAGGACCCUUGGAGCAGAACUGAUGGUCUUAGAACUGCUCUCUAGUGUGUCUUCGCCCCUUGUGAAUGGCUUUCAAUUCUUGCACAGGGAGAGACUGCCUGACUGCUCCUAGGAUCCUGGGUGCACGGGGCUCUAGGCAGGUUCCUCUUCUGCCAGGAACGUGAGGAGAAUUGGUGGCCUCCCCCAUUCUCUCAGAAUUCUCCUCACUUCUGAGAGUCCAGCUGUCUCCCCCAUGGGAUUUGGGUACCUCUCAUAGGACUCUUUAUGCAUGGGAGUUUUGGUUAUUGCUGUUUUUACUCUAACUGGGGAUUUGAGUUUGUGAUUAUUUGUGGUUUGUAAAUGUUAUAUAAAUUCUUGGAGAAUUUCAUCUUCCAUUGAAUGUAUUUGGAUCCUCUUCACUCCCUGCAUCCUUCACCAACUCCUCCCACAUCCAUCUUCACAGUCACCUGCCACAACCCACAAAUUCAUGGUUUUUUUAAUAACCUGGUGUCCUGUGUUCCUGACUGUGGGGAAUGACUCUCUUCCCUAUGUGUCAUCAACUGUCAAUGUUCCCACUCUGGGUUAGUCAUGCAGGACUGCUUGAUUUUGUGGAGAUCUGAUGCAGGCAGUCACAGCUGUUGGGAGUUUAUGAAUGAGGUGGUCUUGUGUUGAGAAGAUAUUUUGAUAUGUCUCUUCCCAACCCCAAAAUCUUACAAUGUCUCUGCCCUUGUUUUCCAUUAUAGUCCCUGAGCCAUGGAGGAAGGGAGGGAGGGAAUGUGGACACACCCCCACACCUGUUUUGCCUGAGCACUUUGUCAACAGGUAUUCUCCAGUCUUUUAGCAGCUAUGAGUUUCUGUGCAAUUGCACCAAGAAAUUUCUCUAAGAUAUGAGAGUUGUACUAUUAAAUCUGAAGACUUCUUGCAAGGAUGUGCAUAUGAGUAAGAACAUGCUGUGUUUGUUAUCUUGAGUCUGGGUGAGCUCACUUAGUGUAACCUUGUCUAGCUCCAAGCAUUUAGUUGGAAACUUGAUAAUUUCAGUUUCUUUUACAUCUGAAUGACAUUCCACUGUGUGUAGGUACCACACUCGCAUUAGUCAUUCAUCAGCUGGACGGAUACCUAGGCUGUCUACAUUCCCUGCACCGUGAACAAAUGAAACAGUAGUGAACAUGGAUGAACAAGUGUCUUUGCAGCAGGAAAUAUUGUUCCUUGAGUAUAUCCCAGGAAUGGCGUAGCUGUAUCAGGUGGCACACCUAUUUCUAGUUUUCUGAGGAACCCCCACACUCUACAGUGGCCACCUCAGUUUAUAUCCUCCCACGGACACUGUGCAUGAGGGUCUCCAUCCCCCACAUCCACCCCAGCAUUGUUGCCUUUGCCAUUCUGAUUAGAAUAAGAUGAAGUCUCAAACUAGUUUUAGUUUUCAUCUCCCUAAUGGCCCAAGAUGGUGAACAUAUACAUAUAUAUUUCUUAGCCAUACAUUCCUUAGCCAUGCAUGACUUGUGAGAAAAACCCUUUGAAGACCCCUAUCUCAAUUAAUCCCAAUUGUUCACUGGGACGUUUCCUUAGAGUUGUCUCUUUAAUACUUUCUAUAUUCUAGGAGUUUUGAUGAGUGCGUUCUAUUUUGUUUUAAUCUCUAGGUUUUUAGCUUUUAUGUAGUUUUGCUUGUUUGGAAGUUGAUUUUGUUUCAUUUCAUUUUCUGUAGCUUGGGUUUUCUAACUGUUAAUAGUUUUAAUUUCUUUGAUCAUUCAUUUCAUUGUACAUUCUUUUUCUUACACAAUCAGUAAUGUUGAUCUUAGUGUGGCUGAGCUGUGCUCCUCCCUCCUAGUGACUAGUAUGUAGUUUUUUACUUAGGAUUUCCUUGGCUUUGUGCGUUGUUUUACUUUUGAGGGUUUCUGUUGUUGUUUUGGUUGGUUUUAGUUUUCUGUUUUUCUUAUUUUUCACUAUUUUACUUUCCAUCUUAGCUUUCUUUCUUCCCUUUAUUUCUUUUUCCUUCCUCUUAGGUAGCAUUUAUACUCUGUUACCUCCAAUGAGCUUCGGGAGCAAACGGGCGUCAGAAAGGCUCCGAUCUCAGGGCAGCUCUUGCACAGAGAGUUUCUGCUCUCAAUAUUUGGUUUUGAAUACCAUCGGCCAUGGUUUCCACGCGGCCGUGAAGUUGGCCGUGCACCGCCUCACAGGUACCCCCGUGGCUGUCAAAAUGAUCCUCAAGAGACAACAGUGGUGCCAGCAGGUCACAUCUGAGGUAGAAAUCAUGAUGAGGAUCAACCACCCAAAUAUUGUAUCUCUCAUACAAGUCAUUGACACUGAAAAGAUAACAUACCUCAUCAUGGAGUUGGCCAAGGGGAACCAGCUUUAUUCUCACAUCAAAGAGGCUGGCCAUCUGCAGGAGGAUGAAGCACGGGGCAUAUUCAGACAAUUAUUAAGUGCUGUGGGAUACUGCCAUGAAGAAGGCAUUAUACACCGGGACCUUAAACCCGAUAAUCUGUUAGUCGAUACCAAGGGAAGAAUUAAAAUCAUUGAUUUUGGUUCUGCCACUCAAGUGCGGCCUGGGCAAAAGUUGAGAACGCCCUAUGGGACUUAUGCAUUUUCUGCUCCUGAGCUGUUACUCGGGAAAUUUUAUGAGGGCCCCAAGGUCGACGUGUGGGCCCUAGGAGUAAUUCUUUAUUAUAUGACAGUUGGAAAGGUCCCAUUUGAGGCUGCCAGCAUACCGCUACUCCGAAGGCAAAUUGUGUUAGGGACGUGCGUUGUCCCACCUGGCCUGUCAGAAGAGCUACAAGACCUGCUGAGUCUUUUAUUGAAAGUGAACUCCCAGCAGAGGCCCACAAUUCCUGAUCUUUUGACUCAUCCCUGGCUUAAGAUAGACUCAGAGGGGUUCCCACAACUUUGUAAGGAACUCAUCCCCCUCAGGCCAGACCCAGCCAUUCUUAGAGCAAUGCAGGACAUUGGAUUUGAAGCCCAAGAGGUUAAAGACUCCCUCGAUCAGAAGAAAUUCAACCAAAGUAUGGCUUGUUAUUACCUAUUGGAAAAGCAGGCUCUUCAGGAGUGUGACAACCCAACCCGGCCUCAUCCAUGCAUGACCCCAUUCCCGACCCUUGAUUACCCUGCUACUUCAGUGCGAGGGCUCAGAAGUCGAGGAAGCGAGCCUAGAUGGCUCGGGUCAUCCUCCGAUAGUCAAGGUUCUGACCUCGGCCAGACUCCUAGUCAUGGAUUAGUCAAGAGGGCCAGUUGGCCUGGCGGUCUUCUCUGCAGGCCACGUCAGAUAGCACCCACAGUGGAGCUAACCCACAGAAUUUCUAUUAGUGACCCCUGCUUUUCUUCAGUGCACAGCAGAGGCAAGAAGACCAUCAACACUGAAAGCACAGAAGACAAAUCCAGUGACUCAGCAGAGGUUAAGCCUGUCGCAAGCAGGCCCUGGCCCAAAAGAUUUAGGGGGUGGCUCAAGAACAUCCGAAAUGGCCUGAUGAACCUGUGUUGCUGCAUUCCGUCCAGAAAAAAACCUCCCCUGGGGCAUAACAGAGUUGUUCCCCAGAAAUGAAGAACAUGGAAGGAAUCCAGAGAGCAAGCAUCCAACACUGCCCAGAAGAUCACUAGAGGAUGCCGGAUGCUGCAUCUCUGCAGUCCCAGUGUUGAAGAGGACCCACGUGUGGACACGGACCUGCAGAAGGGAGCGCUGUGAGAGCUGUCACCUUCCAGGUCAGCUGUGGAAGGAUGAAAGCAAAUGAAGAGAUGCCAGGUGGCAAGAGAGCACCUCAAAGGCAUCACUCUUCCUGGUGGAGGUUGAAAACCAGUCCAAAGCUGGUAAAGACCAGAGCCCUUUUGCCGACCAGGGUCACAUCACACACCUCCUCUUGGCACAAGUUCUCGCCUCACUCUUAGUGGAGGAUAUACGUCUUCUCAAUGUGUUUAUCCGACUCUGAGAAUAAAAUAGCUGUUUGUGAAAGAUGACCUCGUAGGUUUUUCUGCAUCUUCUUCACAUAGGAAAAUUGGCCCUGUGGCAUUCCAAGGCCCCAGGAAGAAUAACUUCGUGCCUCAAACCAUCAAAUUAAAAGUGCCUUGGAAGGGACCAAGCUCUAAUGUACCUGAAUGGGGAAAGUGUAGGAAGUGUAGAAGCUCAAAUCUAAGGACAGCAUCAUAUUCUACAUGCUUUGAUUUCUAAAAGCCUAAUGGCAGUCUUUAUAGCCCACCUGAGCUGUGUCAGGAUAGGUCCUGCUAUUAACUCAUGAGGAGUGACUGUGAGGCAGUCCAGUCAACGGAUGUUAAACUGCGGCUAGGCCUGGAUCUUUGAGUUGAGAAGAGUGGUAGAGUGGAGACCUCGGUGAUUUUGUUGUAUCUAGCGAGCAGUGUAUGGAUUUUGCUUUUGAUUGGUUUGUGUGUGAGCUUCUGUAUGUGUGUUUAGAUCGGUGUGUGUUUGGGAGGAGGGUGGCUUGUGUAUGUGGGGGGGCACUCAUGUGUGUAUAUGUGUGUGUGUUUUCUUUUACCUUUACUUGAAUGUGUGAGUACCUGUUUGUGUGUGUAUGCGUGUGUGUAUGUGUGUUUGUGUAGGUAUUCCUGUGGGUGACUGUGAGUACAUGUGUGUGUGUGUGUGUGUGUGUGUGUGUGUGCAAGUGUGUAUGUGAGUGUCUGUGCCUUGUACGUGUAGUAGUUGUUGGUGUGAGAACACCUGUGUGAGGGAAAGUGUUAAGGCCAUCAGUCACCUUGGCCAUUGUUUCUAAGGUAAGCGUCUCCCUUAUGUUUUUUAAGUUUAUUUAUUUGUUUAUUCACUUUACAUCCAAAUCAUAGGCCCUCCCUCUCUCCUCUCCUCCUAGACCCAAGUCACAUGCCUCUCUUUCCAUAAGUCCCUUCUUUUCUCAGAAAAGGAGAACCCAGCUUCUUGGGUAUCACCCUGCCCUGGGGCAUCUAGUCCUACCAGGAAUAAGCAUAUCCGCACCCACUGAGGUCAGAAAAUGCUGCCCAU